CUUAUUAUAAACAUAGUGAUAAUCAGCUGUUUCUGUUCCCUCUAUGAACUGUUAAGGUCUUAGAGAAAGUUCAUUGAGAGAAAGCCUGAGAAAGCCUGAAACAAAGAGAAGGGCUGUGUAUGAGCCUACCUGUGAGUUUAAUGUUAAUGUUUAGAAAAUCAAAAGGUUGAAUCCAGUGGGACCAGCAUCAUGUGGGACUGAGGGUUGGAAGUUGUGGGUGUGGGGACCAGGGGUAGAUUCUGACUACUAUCUCUAACACAGGGUUCAUUAGCAUGUCCAUAGCUGGGUCUUGACUUCUGCAUCCAGUCCCUCAGCUUUCCCAUUUCUGUCCUCUUUAUUUUCUCUGCAUCUGGGCUCAGACCCAUGGGAGGGGCCAACGAGUCGAGCGUCUCCGAGUUCCUCCUCCUGGGACUCUCGCGGCAGCCCCAGCAGCGGCUGCUGUUUGUGCUCUUCCUGAGCAUGUACCUGGCCACGGUCCUGGGGAACCUGCUCAUCGUCCUGGCCAUCGGCACAGACGCCCGCCUGCACACCCCCAUGUACUUCUUCCUCAGCAACCUGUCCUUCGUGGACGUCUGCUUCUCCUCCACCACCGUCCCCAAGAUGCUGGCCAAUCACGCCCUCGGGAGUCAGGCCAUCUCCUACUCUGGCUGUCUCACGCAGAUGUACUUUGUUUUCCUGUUUGUAGAUAUGGACAAUUUCCUCCUGGCCUUGAUGGCCUAUGACCGCUUUGUCGCCGUGUGCCACCCCUUACAUUACACAACAAAGAUGACUCGUCAGCUCUGUGUCCUGAUGGUCACUGGGUCCUGGGUCUUUGCCAACGUGAGUGUCCUGUUGCAUACCCUGCUGAUGGCGCGACUGUCAUUCUGUGGGGACAACGCCAUCCCCCACUUCUUCUGUGAUGUGGCUGCUCUCCUGAAGCUAUCCUGCUCAGACACACGGCUCAAUGAGAUGUUGGUUCUUUUUGAAGCAGGGCUGAUCACGAUCGCCCCCUUUGUUUGCAUCCUGGUGUCGUAUGUCUUUAUUGCUGCUGCUGUGCUGAGAGUGCCCUCCAUUCGGGGCAGGUGGAAAGCCUUCUCCACCUGUGGUUCCCACUUGGCUGUGGUGUUUCUCUUCUAUGGCACCAUCAUAUCCUUGUAUUUCAACCCUUCGUCCUCACACUCGGCUGAGAAAGACAUAGCAUCUGCAGUGAUGUUCACGGUGGUCACUCCCAUGCUGAACCCUUUCAUCUACAGCCUGAGGAACAAAGACAUAAAAGCUGCUCUUGGGAAAGUGGUGGCCAUGAGAUUUCUGUCUACUCGGUAAUGAUCCAGGCUAAUUAAAUCGUAUAGGUAACUGAUUUCCAAGAAAAUUCUGUUUGUGUUUUCUGCUGUGGGAAAUGUGGUACUUGCUUUGUAAGAGAAGCAUGUAGUAUACAUCUUGGGAGAACAAAACUCUUGAUACAGAUUAUUUGGGAAAAAAGAUGGAAAGAGACUGUUUCAUCGGAUGACUUGACUCUUGCAAUUGUCAGUGCCCUCCAGUGAAACCCACCCCACACUACACCUGGGUAACGUGGGUGUUGAAUAAUUUGUGUUUCAGAGGCCAGCGCCGUGGGUCAAUAGGCUAAUCUUCCGCCUUGCGGCGCUGGCACACCGGGUUCUAGUCCCAGUCGGGGCGCCGGAUUCUGUCCCGGUUGCCCAUCUUCCAGGCCAGCUCUCUGCUAUGGCCUGGGAGUGCAGUGGAGGGUGGCCCAAGUGCUUGGGCCCUGCACAAGCAUGGGAGACCAGGAGAAGCACCUGGCUCCUGCCAUCGGAUCAGCACGGUGCGCCGGCUACAGCGCACUGGCUGUGGCUGCCAUUGGAGGGUGAACCAACGGCAAAAGGAAGAGCUUUCUGUCUCUCUCUCUUACUGUCCACUCUGUCAAAAAAAUAAAUAAAUAAAAAAUAAAAAUAAUUUGUGUUUCUUACUCAAUUAGACAAGACUGAGCAUGCACCCUCAUGGAAUAGUGAGGCAUCUCAGUAGGAAGUUGCCACGGAGAAAUUAGGGGCCUGGGAUUGUGUGAAGUGAUGUUGGUGAGGAAUGAGGCACUGGGCUUUUUGCUCAGGAUCAGAAGCUGUUACAGAGGAGGGAGCAUUCUGACUGCACCAUUUACCGUAUUUUAUCCAGAAUGAAGCAAGAGUUGACUAAGGCCAAGGUGUAACUUACAAAGCUGCAGCAGUCGCUCAUCUCAGUCCCCUUAGGGGGGCAGUGGAUGAUUCCUGUGGCUAGGACAGUAUUCAGGUGUUUGUGCUCAGACAGGAUUGCAGAGUGGCCGUGUUGUCCUGCUCCAUGACAGGCACAGAGUGGCCUAAUUUGAUGGUGAAGUUCUGUGAACAUCUCCGUGUGAAUCUGGUUGGUUUGGGAGUUCCUGGCCAGCUCCUGAGUGUUGUGAUCAUCGCUGUUUUUUAGUUUGCAGAGCUUGUCCUGAAUGUGUUUGAAGUGAGAUCAGACUUGUUGGGCUAUGAGAGGGGUUGAUGCAGAACUCCAGGAAGCCCUGCCUUGGCCGCUUUUUUGAGCCAGUCACUUUUAUCUUUUUUUUUUUUUUUUUGGACAGGCAGAGUGGACAGUGAGAGAGACAGAUAGACAGAGAGAAAGGUCUUCCUUUACCAUUGGUUCACUCUCCAAUGGCUGCUGUGGCCGGCGCACUGCGCUGAUCUGAAGCCAGGAUCCAGGUGCUUCUUCCUGGUCUCCCAUGCAGGUGCAAGGCUCAAGCACUUGGGCCAUCCUCCACUGCACUCCCUGGCCACAGCACAGAGCUGGACUGGAAGAGGGGUAACCGGGACAGAAUCUGCGCCCCGACCGGGACUAGAACCCAGUGUGCCGGUGCUGCAGACAGAGGAUUAGCCUCUUGAGCCAUGGCACUUUUAUCUUCUUUGAGCUUUAUGUAUCACUGAGUGUUACGUGAGGAGUAUGCAUAAGUUAAUAAGAAAUAUCCCUCACAUGAUCCUCAUCUUCACUGAGGUGCUUAUCCCCUGCAGACUCAUUGUCACCCUCAUCCCCUCCACAAGGUAGCCCCUCUCUGAGCCUAGUGGGUGCAGAUAUGGUGUAAAGGCCGACCCCUCCUCAUUCCAGAAAGAACAGCCUGACACAUGCAUGGGCAGCCGCCCUCAGUAGUUGACCUUGUAAGUGAACUGUGUCCUAGUGCCUUUCAUCUGUUGUCCCUGCCUUGCCCCGCCCUGAUCUGUGGACUUCUGGGCCCACUUGCCACUUCCAGGCCUCUGACCAGCAAGGGGCUUCUCAGCCAUCCUCUGUUGAGUGCUCAGUGUUUAGGGAUGAAUUACGGAUGUCAUUUCUCUCUUCACAGGGUGUUUGUUUAUGGAAGGUUUGAUCUGGCCCUACACCUGUAGCAUCUCUCAACUCUGUAGUAACCCUUGGUAAAACAUUGUGUUGUGGGUUCCCUGUAGCACUAGGCUGCCCAGCCUGGAUGGCAGUGGGGUCGUUUUGCCCUGGCACCGGUUCUCAGAUGUGGCUGAAGGAAAUAUUUAAAUAUCUACUAGAAUCCCUCUGUCUGGGCAUGUCAUUCAACUACAUCUUUUCCACUGUCUGUUCUUUGUAUCUCAGCACACUCAGUUAUUUCUGUUCAGAUAGUAAUUUUCAAAUAACUGCUUAUCUAAAUUACUGCCUGGCUUCCGCACUUUUAUUAUAUAGCCCUUUAUUUAUUUCCAUCAAGUCUUGCUGAAUGUUCUCACUCAUAAUUGUUUCUGCAUGAAAACAGAGUAAAUUUACUAUUUAACAGUCUGAUUUCAAAUUUAUUUUGAUUUGAAAAUGAUUGCAGGAAAUGUAUUGACAAAUAUGUGAAGCUUAUAAUUUUCUCCUUGUGUUUGGAUGUUAGCAAUUUUACUGUGAUGUGUCUGGUUUUGGGUCUCUUUGUGUUUGUUCUACUUGAAGUUCAUUGAGCAUGCUGGGU